CUAACAUACACACAAUUUUUUCCCUGCAAUCCAUUCCCCUUCUUUUUCCGUGACGAUUCUUUCGUCUCAUGGCUGGGUUUGUUCUCCGGGAGAGUUUAUGCCGGGAAAGUUCGAGAAAACUUAGAUUUCUUGCUUUGACGGAAACAAUGUUGGAACCAGUUUUCAAAGGAAAAAAAUGUAGCUGAUAGGUUAUUUUCUGCUUUGUUCUCCUUGUUUUUUUAAUUUUCUAUUUACAAUCAUCUUUCUUUCUCUAUUCUCGUUUUCCGGGUUGUCUGUCUACGAUUCUACUGUGUCAUCAAGUUUGCAAAUUUGGGUCUUCCUAAAUCUCAAUGGCACAAGCUGAGGAUAUUGGAAGCAGAGAACCCCAACAAACUACGAGGCAAAGGAGCAAUAUUCCGAGGGAUCUGUUGCAGGGAUUUAUAUCUGGGAAUCAUUUUCCUCGGAAAUUGGAAGACCCAAGCGAAGAUACGGAGGACAUUGAGCUGACCCUAGGGCUCUCAUUAAACGGUCGGUUUGGGGUAGACCCUUUAAGAGCCAAGCAGCUCAAGAGGUCUUCGUCGAUACCGGACUUUUUGAACCCGGUAAGAUAUAAAGACGCAGCAUGUGUGGUACCUAUGGCUUGCGCUCCGCUCAUAAGGACCUGUUCUUUGCCUACGGAGACAGACGAAGAAUGGAGGAAGAGGAAACAGUUGCAGACACUGAGAAGAAUGGAGGCGAAGCGAAAGCGGUCAGAGAAGCAGAGGACUUCAAAGGCCGCGAGGGAGCGGAGACGGGAUUUUUGUGUUGAGGAGAGCGGGGAGGAGGAUAAGAAGGUAGAUAAUGAUGGUGGGAAUUAUCAGAAAGAACAGUGUGGGAAGGUUGUCGAGGAAUCUUCGUGCUCGGUGGCGUCGCCUUUGGGGGUUUCUGCUGCUAGAGGAGGUUGUGGCGUUGAAUCGAAGGGUGGAAACGGGAAUGGGUUGAAUUCUGGUGGUUUGGAGGAAGAGCCGCCCCAACCACCGCCAUUAACACAGGGGUCAGUUGGUUCCCAAGGGAGUGCAUCUUCUGGGAUUUCGGAAUCUGAAAGCCAACCGACUCAAGUUUCAGGUUAUGUAGUUGGAAUGAACAAAAGCAGAGAAGCAGGAAGUCCUACCAGUGUGCAGUCUUCACUGGACAGUGAGCAGAAACCGGCAGUCUACAUGGGAAGGACAAUCACUGGAAAAUCAAGCAAAUUCUCUGCAGUUCCAAUGAAAAAUCAAUCUAAUAAACCUACAGAUGUAGACAAAGGAGCUAAGGAGAUUGUGAGGAAUGUGUUGGAAGGUAUGCCAAGUGUGUCAACCAAAGGUGACGGCCCCAAUGGGAAAAGGAUAGAAGGAUUUCUUUAUGGAUAUAAGAAGGGUGAGGAAGUGAGAAUAGUUUGUGUUUGUCAUGGCAGCUUUUUAUCUCCUGCCGAGUUUGUCAAGCAUGCCGGUGGUGGUGAUGUGGCACACCCUCUAAAACAUAUAGUAGUAAAUCCUACUUCCUUUUUGUGAUGUAAUAGUCCAUGACGGAAGAAAACCAAAAUUAAUUCUCUCUUUCAUGUUUCAGACUUUAAAUUUCUUGUCUUUCAAGAUGGUUAAUGGUACUGUAUUCAGAUCACGAAGAAGCUGCUUCGAAUGGUAAAUAGGGUCAUCAAGAACAUGACCUCAUUCUCUCUUUUA